ACCGUUAUACGCUGUUCAGAUACAAGGAGAGCAUGAUUCCAGAGUGCAGAAGCCGCAGGUUAUGGUUUUGGACAAGCGAUAUGAUUGCAUAUGAAGGGAAGUGAGGUUUGAAGACUGAUCAUCUGAUCUGAUUGCCGAUGGAUUCCGUUCACUACCUAAUGGCGCUCUACAUACGAAAUGAAUACUUUUCAUACGAAAGUUUCUGCUCUGCCCAAGCUCAACCUCCACUUUCCGCCUCAUUGGCGUGUUCAACGACCAUAUGACGAACUCCCUGUUUGGAUAUAAAACUCUCAACGUGUCAUCAGUAGAUUGGAAACAGUGACGACUGUCCCGUUCCAUCCUCUCUCUCUCCUGCUCCCUAAGAUAGAUCUCCUUUUAUCCACUGUCAUGCUCGAAGCUACUAGACCUCUUUUCAUGCAAACCCAUCAGUAUAAAGGCCGCGCCGGGGCCUUCAAUCUUUAUGCCAUUACUAUCUUGUGUGUUAUUCUCUCUCAGGCCAGGCCCCUGGCCAGAGCGAACUCUCGCAGCACCCAUUCCUUACGUCCUCGGUCUUCACCUGCAGUUUCGUUGUAAUAUCAACAUGGUGGAGCACGGGACCAAGGUUGGGGCGCUGCCUGUAGGGAGUGUCGACGAAAGCGAUCAGAAGAGUUAUAUACUGGAUCCACUAGACAAAGAAGAGCUAGAAGUCCUCGACAAGGUCACAAACGAAACCGUUGAUUUCCGUGGCAGACCAGCUAUCAGAUCCAAGAGUGGCAAUUGGAAGGCCUGCUUUCUGAUUUUUGGUACUGAAGUCUGCGAAAGGAUGGCAUUUUAUUCAAUCUCAGCUAAUCUGAGCAUGCAUCUUCAGGAGGCACUGCAUGAAGAUGUAUCAGUUUCUGCGAGGAAUGUCAAUAAUUGGGUUGGCACGACAUUUCUCACACCCUUGUUAGGAGCUUUUGUAGCUGACUCCUUCGCAGGACGUUAUUGGACAAUUGCAUCGUUCUCCUGCGGUUAUUUUGUGGCGCUUGCAUUGGUUGUCAUGUCUGUAACUUUGCCGACUCUGAAGCCGCAGUCUUGUGACGUCCUUUAUGAUGAAAAGUGCGCUAAUCCGACUUCACUUCAAGUAGGCUUCUUCUACAUGUCCUUAUACCUGAUGGCCCUGGGAGCCGGAGGAAUCAAAUCCUGUGUCGCAGGCUUUGCCGGUGAUCAGUUUGACGACGGGGACAAGAAGGAAGCCAAGCGCAAGAUGUCUUUCAUGAACUGGUGGUUUGUGAGUAUAAGCUUUGGAACCAUGUGUUCUGUCAGCUUCUUGGUUUACAUCCAGAUCGCUGUGGGGUUGGAAUACGGAUGGGGGAUUCCUGCGCUUAUCUCUGCCUUCACGACCACAGCUUUCCUUCUGGGUACUCCAUUGUAUCGCCACCGAAAGCCGACCGGCAGUCCUUUUGCUCGAGUCGCGCAGGUCAUCGUUGCUGCUGCCCGCAAGUACUCUGUUCAGCUGCCUCAUGAUGACGACUUACUCUACGAGAUUGAUGACAAGGAGGCACUUGAUCCUGCCAACCGCAAACUUCCUCACACCCAGGAUUUCACAUUUCUGGACAAAGCAGCGGUACCAGGAGCAGAAGUGAUGAUCUACAACUGCAAAGGUGCGCGACCAGAUCCGUGGAAGCUGUGCACUGUGACGCAGGUGGAGGAAGUCAAACUCCUAAUCCGCUUGCUUCCAAUCUGGAUCACGAAUCUCAUGUUCUCAGCUGUAUUUGCCCAGGUCGGGACUCUAUUUCUGAACCAGGGCUCCACCAUGAACAGAAAGAUUGAGACCAUUGGCUUUCAGAUACCUGCUGCAUCAUUCCCACUAUUCGUCACAUUCACAAUCUGCUCGUUGCUCCCACUGUAUGAUAAGUUUUUCGUUCCAUUCAUGCGGAGAUUCACGGGUGAAGAGAGGGGCAUAUCCUUGCUGCAAAGAAUUGGAGUCGGCCAGGUCGUGUCCACUUUGUCGAUAACAGUCGCUGCGUGUGUGGAGAUGAAGCGUAUGGCUGUUGCGAAGAGGUAUAUAUUUGAGAAUGGCAUCAUAAUGGACCAUUCCAAGGGCUCUGGUGCUACUUUAGAUCUUCCGAUGUCAAUCUUCUGGCUCACUCCUCAGUACAUGUUGACGGGAGCAAGUGAGGUGUUCAUUUCUGUGGGCCAAAUGGAGUUUUUCUAUAGCCAGGUCCCGGAUUCUAUGAGAAGUGUGGGAGCUGCUCUCUAUCUGAGCACUGUUGCUGUCGGGAGUUUCGUGAGCAGCUUGCUCGUGACAGUAGUCACCAAGUUGACUAUGAAUUCGAAUGGUGGUUGGAUCGGCAACGAUCUCACACGGAGCCACAUCGACUACUUCUACUGGCUUCUUGCAACCUUAAGCCUUCUGAACUUCAGCAUCUACAUCGCUUGUGCCAGAUGGUAUAAGUACAAAACGAUCCCAGGCAGGUCCACAUCUACCUUCACCUCACCCGAAGUCAUUUCUCCUGAUGUCACCUUCCAUCCUAUCAAGCCCCUCCUCCACCCACCACCACCACCAACAACAACAACAACUCAUCACGGCAAUGACAGUGCGCAGAUAAAACAGCUUCCUGACCCUCCUGCUCACAGGAAUGGCCACCACAAUGGCAAUGAGCAGAUGUAGCACUUCCCUCGUACUCCUCACUGUCAUGGAAACGGUCACAUUGAUCACUGAAAGGGUGCUGCGACACACCUCCCUCCCCAUCCUUAGAAAGAGACACCAUCCAACAUCAGCUUGAAUUCAUACACGACCCCAAGACAUGCAGUCGAAGAUCAGCGGCAGAGACAAAGAGCACUUCUUUGAGCAGUGGGGUGUGCAAGAAACACAGAAGUUUGACUGACAGAUUCGUUUCAGUUCAUAGAAAGAUUUGAUUCUGCUAGUUUAGGACUAUCCUCUAAAUAAUAAUUUAUCUUGCCGAGUGACUCAACCUACUUGACUUUCAGACCUGCAACUCCGGGAGUGUACAGCUGCAGGGGACGGAGGGAACGGGACGGUGGAUUACAAAUUUCACUAGUUAGAAUAGCUGAAUAGUUUACUUAAGACGCAUUCCGGGAGGCAUUAGUUCUGUUUCAUGGACUUUGUGGUUUUGCAAUGUCUUAAAGGCGCAAAUUCAGUAGUAAAGUAUUUUUGUUAAACGUCC